AUGGCGGACAGCAGCUGCGGAAGCAGCAACACCAAUGGCAAGCAGCAACAGCAGCAGAAACAGCAACAACAGCAGCAACAGCAGCAGCAACAGCAGCAGCAGCAGUCCCCCUCCAGCUGUGCAUACACCCCACAGGGGAAAAACCGCCGCCGACGCAACAAACACCGCAGCCGCUGCCGUGCAUCGCCACAGCAGCAGCAGCAGCAGCAGCUGCAGCAGCAGCAGCAGAAACAGCAGCAGCAGCAGCAGCAAUCUCAAGACAAUGUCAAUGAUGUACAGAAUGCCUCGAGCGGCGAAUUGUCUGCCGCUGCUGCUGCUGUCGCAGCAGCAGACCGUGCUGCUGCUGCUGCUGCAGCAACAGUAGCUGCUGUUGUAACUGCAGCAGCAGCAACAACUGCAGCAAAAACAGCAGCAGAUGGAUCAAUGGAGGGGGACACAUCAGUACCCAUCCCCCGCAGCAGCGCCAGCAGCAGCAGCAUGUACAGCAGCAGCAGCACAAUUAGCAGCAGCAGCAGCAGCAGCAGCAGCAGCAGCCACGACGACCAUGCAGCUAGCCCUCAUUUUGGUGCAUCUGCAGCUGCAUCCCUUUCUCCUUCUGCUUCUGCUGCUGCAUCUCUUUCUCCUGCUGCUGCUGCUGCUGCUGCUCCUUUUGCAUGUUCGGCUACAGUUGCUUCUCCUGAUUCUGCUGCUGGUGUUAGUGCUGCUGCUGCUGCUCCUUCUCCUGCUGCUGCUGCUGCUGCUGCGAAAAAGGGAAGGCGGCGCAGGGGACGAGCUCAGGAGCAAACACGGAAGCAAAGACAGCAGCAAACGCAGCAGGAGCAACACCCCGACCAGCAGCAGCUGCAACAGCAGCAGCAGCUGCAAAAGCAGCAACAGCUGCAACAGCAGCAACAGCUGCAACAGCAGCAGCAGCAGCAACACGUGGAGGGGCGGGCAUCGCAGCAACAGCCGCGGAAGAAACAAGAACCCCCAGACAGACUCAAUGAGCAGCAGCAACAGCAACAGCAGCAACAGCAGCAGCAGCAACAGCAGCAGCAGCAACAGCAGCAGCAGAAACAACAACAACAGCAGCAGCAGCAAAAGCAGCAGCGCCACCGGCAUCAAGGGGGACAGCAGAAGAGAGAGUCUCCUCAGUCGCCGCUGCGGCAGCAACAGCAGCAGCAACAGCAGAGACAACAGAAAAGGCAGCAGCAGCAGGAGCAGCAACAAAAGCAGCAGCAGCAGCAACCACAGCAGCAAGGAGAUUCAUCUCCCUAUGCGCAGCGAAUAUGUAAGGAGGAGGAGCUGCAAAAACAGCAGCAGCAACAGCAGCAGCAACAGCAGCAGCAACAGCAGCAGCAACAGCAGCAGCAACGGCUGCAGCAACAGCUGCAGCAGCAAGCAGCAGCAUCAGCAGCGGCUGAGGCGGAACAGCAGCAGCAACAGCAGCAGCAACAGCAGCAGCAACAGCAGCAGCAACAGCAGCAGCAACAGCAGCAGCAACAGAAGAAGCAGCAGCAGCAGCAGCAGCAACCGGAACUGCACGUAGCACCUGUUGAGACCCCUGAGGAGGCGAAGCCUAUUGAAGAGCAGCAGCAACAGCAGCAACAGAAGCAGCAGCAGCAGCAGCAACAGCAGCAGAAGAAGCCAAAACAAGAGCAGCAGGGAACUCGUGUCCGCAUGCACCUUCCUAAAGAGCAGCGGCAUGCCCAAGAAGAACAGCAGCAGCAGCAACAGCAGCAGCAGCAGCAGCAACACAAGCAACAGCAGCAGCAACAGCAGCAGCAACAGCAGCAGCAACAGCAGCAGCAACAGCAGCAGCAACAGCAGCAGCAACCACAGCAGCACGAGAAGCAGCAACCACAGCAGCACGAGAAGCAGCAGCAACAGCAGCACGAGACGCAGCAGCAACAGCAGCAGCACGAGCAGCAGCAACAGCAGCAGCAACAGCAGCAGCAACAGCAGCAGCACGGGCAUCAGCAACAACAGCAUCAACAAGCGAAGGAUAAAAGGAUGGGCCAAGCAGCAGUGCUGCUGCGACGGAGGCAGAAGCCGCAGCAGCAACAGCAGCAACAGCAGCAGCAGCAGCAGUUGCAGCAGCAGCAACUGUCUCCUCGCUUUGCCGCUGGUGCUGCAGCUGCUGCUGCACCUGCUGCUGCUGCACCUGCUGCUGCUGCACCUGCUGCUGUUGCUGCCACUACUGCUUCUGCACAAGACAGCAGCCACGUAGGUAUGGACACGGAGCAGCAGCGGCAGGAACAGGAGCAGGAGCAGCAGCAGCAGCAGCACGAGCAGCAGCAGCAGCAGCAGCAAGCAACCGAGGACAACUGUGUAGAUGGAAGCAUAGAAAGAGAGCAGCAGCAGCCAACAGUGUCUCCUGCACAGCAGCAACGGCAGCAGCAGCAAGAGCAGCAGCAGCAGAAAGAGCAGCAGCAGCAGAAAGAGCAGGAGCAGGAGCAGCAGCAGCAGGAGCAGCAGAAGCUGCAGCAAGUACAGAAACUGCAGCAGAAGGAACAACUACACGAGAGGUUAGUUGAACAGCAGCAGCAAGAGAAGCAGCAGCAGCAACAGCAACAGCAGCAGCAGGAGCAGCAGCAGGAGCAGCAGCAGGACAUGCAGAAGCAGCCACAGGAAGACGAUCAGCAGCAGCCCCAGGUGGAGCAACAGGAGUUGCAGCAGCAACAGGAACAACAUGAGCAGCAACAGGAGCAGCAAAAGGAGCAACAAAAGGAGCAGCAGCAGGAGCAACAGCAGCAGCAGCAGCAGCAGCAGCAGCAGCAGAGCCCUUUGCCUGAUUGGCAGCAACAACAGCAGCAACAGCAGCAACAGCAGCAGCAGCAGCAGCAGCAGCACCUGUGUGUAUUUGUGCUGCAGAGGGCCGUCCUUGGCUUCCCCCUGAUGUCUCUCUUGAUGUCUUUAUUUCUUGUCUUACUUCCUUAUUCUCGUUCAUCUGCAGAAGGAGACAAUCAUUAUUAUAAUUAUAUGAUGAAGAGACAGGAGGAAGCAGCAGCAAAUGUACGGCAGCAGCAGCAGCAAAAUAUUGCUCGUUAUAAGAAAGGAUUACCUAAUGGUAUAACAAGGACUGUUGCUUGUUAUGGUUACCUUCCUGCUGCUCCUACUCCUGCUGCUCCCCCUGCUGCUCCUCCUGCUGCUGCUGCUGCUGCUGCUUCGAAUGGUGCCUCUGCUGAGGCUGGACGAGACGGAUACAGCCAGCAGCAACAGCAGCAGCAGCAACAGCAGCAGCAGCAGCAGCAGCAGCAGCAGCAGCUACACAGCGCCAUCAGUGCAGCAGUAUCUGGUUUCUUUAGUUGGCUAGCAGCACCGUCAGAGCCUGUUGAGAAGCCUAAGCAGGAGCAGCAGCAGCAGGAGCAGCAGCAGCAGGAGCAGCAGCAGCAGGAGCAGGAGGAGCAGCAGGAUCAGCAACAGCAGCAGGAGCAGCAACAGGAGAAGCAGGAAGACACGGAUCAGCAGCAGGGAGAGAAACAGAAGCAGCAGGAAGAAGAGAAAGAGCAGCAGGUACAAGACAGGGAUGCACAUAUGCAUGCACAGCAGCAGCAGCAGCAGGAGCAGCAACAGCAACAGCAAACAGAGAGUCAAGACAAGCGUCAGGAACAGCAACAACAGCAGCAACAGCAGCAAAAGGUUCAGCAGCAGCAGCAGGUGCAGAAGCAACUGCUGCAGCAUGCGGGCCUAUAA